AUGGAGGCUGUAUUUCUGUCACGCCUCCAGGAUAUAAUAACUCUCAUGGAAAGAGUGACUGCCCAAUGUGUGGGAUUUUUGACCGAGGAUCUGGUUGACCAAGAUAGAGGAAAUGCAGAAGUUGCAUGCAAAAAAUUAGAAACGUUACACACUAGAUUUUCUACUGAGCUAAAUAGCUAUUUUCGUCUGGUUACUGAACCAUCAGCUGAUGAUAUUUCCAAAUUCAGUACUAUUCAACUACAAUCUGAAGAAAUCCUCACGGAGCUAACUUUGAAAUUACAAAAUACUGUGACUAAACCUGAAAGGGUUGGAGAUGGGGUGCGAAUAAGCAAGCUACCCAAGUUGAGUCUACCUGAAUUUAGUGGUGACAUACUACGAUGGCAACAAUUUUGGGACCACUUUCAUUCGAAUAUUGAUUGUCGAGACAUACCGGACGUCGACAAACUUCUAUAUCUGAAAUCUUCUCUUAAAGGUGACGCUCUCAGAACGAUCGAAGGCCUAGAAACGACUAACAAGAAUUACCCGAUUGCUAUAACUAUUCUUAGAGAACGAUACGGAAAGGAAAGCCAGAUAAUCGAUGCUCACUACGCGGCAUUGUAUAAAAUUAAAACAGCAGAUAACACUCCAGCAGACUGUCGCAGAACACUUAAUGAAGUGGAACGCCAUGUACGAGUUCUAAACUCCCUCGGAGAAAACACAAAUCAUAACCAUCUUCGAUUUAUAAUUAUAGAAAAAUUUCCACGAGAAAUAAUCUAUGAAAUGAAAAGGGCAUUGAAGACUGACACAACUGAAGAAAUAAGAAAGCAAUUAGAAAUUAUUGUGUCGGCUAAGGAAGAUGCCAGUAGAAUUACUCUAGAAAAUACCAAGGAAAUGCCUCACUACACAGUGGAAGCAUUACACGAAUCGAGCACUUCAAGCUUAAGGUGUAGGCCAAGACCAAAGGAGAAAGAAAAUAAAUAUAGAUCUAACAAUAAUAAGUUCCCAACCAAGAGAAAGAACGAAAACCAGAAUUAUUCUAAAUCCGUAGAACCAGAUCGUAAGAAGAAUAUAAUGACAUGUAUUUUCUGCGGAAACUCUCAUUUUAAUGGUGAAUGUAGAAUAGUUAAGACAAUAGCGGAACGAAAGGCUAAACUGCAUGAUCGCUGUUUCAUUUGUUUUAAACAAGGACAUCAAUCUAAAACAUGUAAGAAAAGGAAUAGGUGUUUUCACUGUGGAACACAUGGAAAACACAAUCAAGCUCUAUGUCCUAAGAAAUUCCCAAUUAAUCCAACGGAUACUAAAUACAUAAAGACUAAUACUAUGUUGACAUCAGAAGUUCCGGUUACUAUAUUACAAACUGCUGUUGUACAUGUAAGAAAAGAAAAGGAUACAUUUGAACACGUCAAAUGUCGUCUACUCAUGGAUUCUGGUAGUCAAAGAACCUACGUGACACAGAGGAUUGCUACAUUACUUAAUUUACCUGUACAGGAAGAACAUCGUCUUGCUGUGUUCACAUUUGGAGCCGAACGGCCACAAGAAUAUGACAGUCCACUAGUAAAAUUCCAUAUGACAACUCGAACAAACAAGGAGAGAGUACUAUAUGCUAAUGUAGUACCCACAAUAACACGAGAUGUACCUUACCCUAAAGAGACUAUUAGUCACUGCGAAAACAUCAUGUUAGCCGAUGAUGGCUCACUGGAUGGCCGAGUUGAUAUUCUAAUAGGCAAUGACUAUUAUUUUAGCUUCAUGUCUAGCGAAAAGAAACAAAUAAGGGAAAAUCUGUUUCUGGUCAAUUCACAACUAGGAUGGAUAUUAACUGGAAAAACUGAUCUCGAACCAACAGAUGACUUAUCGGUUGUUACCUUCUGUCAGUGCCAUGGAGCAGGAUAUCCAUACCUCACCGAACCUGAUCUCCCACUGAGGAACACGGAUAUGAAACUUCUCUGGACUUUAGAAGGAAUCGGUAUAACUGACUCACCAAAGACCACGACGGAGGAAGAAGCUGUUGAUCACUUCAACAAAACCGUAAAAUAUGAGAACGGGAGAUACCAAGUCAAGUGGCCUUGGACAAAAUACCCACCAGAUCUACCUACCAAUUAUGGAUUGUCGUUUGGUCGAUUAAAAGGUCUUUUGAAAAGAAUAUCUAGAGAAACAAUUGAAGAAUAUAAUACAAUACUAAAUGAACAACUAGAGGCAGGUGUGAUAGAAGAGGUUGAAAAACCAGGAAACCCAUACGUACAAACGACACCACCAAUGCAUUACCUUCCCCAUCACAUAGUUAAACAAGAAGGAAAGAGAGGCAGAUUAGUAUAUGAUGCCUCAGCCAAAAUCGAGGACCAAAGAAGCCUCAAUGAAUGUCUUUACAAAGGACCAUCUUUAUUAGAAGAUCUAACAGCGUUAAUAUUGAUAUUUAGAACCUAUAAAAUAGGAAUCACUGCCGAUGUAGAACGAGCAUUUUUACAAGUAGGACUUCAAGAGGAAGACCGGGAAGUCACAAGAUUCCUGUGGAUCAAAGACAUUCACAAAGAAGUUACGGAAACUAACAUCUCUCAUUUUAGAUUUACUAGAGUUCCAUUCGGGAUCAUUUCUAGUCCAUUCUUACUUACAGCUACGAUACGAUAUCAUUUAUCUCAAAAGAAUAGCGCUUUGCUUAAAGAGAUUGCAGAUAAAUGCUAUGUGGACAAUUUAAUUACAGGAGUACAGACAGAACGAGAGGCUAUGGAACUGUAUAACCACAUAAAUAAGACAUUUGAAGAGUUAUCGAUGAAUAUAAGGGAAUGGACGUCGAACAAUGAGCGUUUCAUAAAGCAAGUUCCAUAUCAUAAAGCAAUGAGGGGAAAGGCUGAAACAAAAGUACUCGGAUUGAAUUGGAAUUUGAAAAACGAUACCCUAAAAUUGAAAUAUAAAGAGAAUACUAUUGUCAAAGAAAAUACACCAACGAAAAGAGAUGUGUUAAGCACUCUUGCUCGAGUCUACGAUCCUUGUGGAUUCGUAUCACCUCUUGUCUUAUCUGCGAAACUAAUUUUUCAAGAACUUUGUAAAAGGAAACUAAAAUGGGACGAUAGAAUUCCAGAAGACUUAGCUCUCGCAUGGUCAGAAGCACUACGACAACUUAACUUGAUUAUGUCUAUUGAGUCACAGAGGUUUGUUGGUAUAGAAAAAACAAAUACAGAUCUUGAACUACACUGCUUUACUGACGCAUCAACCAAAGCCUAUGCUGCGGUCGUUUAUAUAGUUACAAAAAAUGGAAGAGCAUUUCUAAUAGGCAAAUCGAGAGUAGCGCCUAUCAAGGAUCAAGAUAAUUUAAAAAUACCGAGAUUAGAACUGUUAGGAGUUUUGAUAGGAAGUCGACUCCUAAGAUAUACUGUAAGAACAUUACAAAUAAAUAUAAAUAAACUUUUUCUAUGGACCGACAGCCAGAUUGUUAUAGAUUGGCAUAACUCUAAUAAAUUACUCCCACCGUUCGUUGCAAGAAGGAUUGAAGAGAUCAAACAAAAUAAACAUCUUACCUUAAGAUAUGUACCAACGGAAUUAAACCCUGCAGACGUGGCAACUCGACCUAACAAAACAAAAUCUGACGUAGAGUAUUGGCUAAAAGGUCCAGACUUCAUAUCGCAAACGUCAAAGACGUGGCCCAGCCAACCUAAUCAUCUCUUGUUGGCCCGAGAGGGUCUGUCUGAGACAGAUGAAAUUGAAGUUGCAAAUACUGAAGAGGUAAAAGAACCACAAGACUAUGAAAAGACUGAAGAGACAGAUAAAACCAAAUCAAAAGACCCAGAGGAAGACCAAAGUAUAUUGUUAAAAAUCAAAAAGUUACAAGCAGAAAGUUACCCGGAAGAAGUAAAAGGAAAGGUUACAAAUCUUAGUAAGAAUCUAAAAUUAUUUAAGGAUAAAGAAGGUAUAUUAAGAUGCAAGGGUCGGCUAGAAAACACAGAUUGGUCAUACGACACAAAAUACCCGAUAUUGAUACCAAAAAACUGUAAGUUCACAAACGAUUUAAUUAUAAAGACACAUAAAGACAACUAUCAUGUUGGAGCGAACCACACACUAAGUAUUAUUCGAAAAUUGUACUGGAUUCCUCAGGGUAAAGCACAAGUGAUGAAAAUAAUUCGACAUUGCUCUAGUUGCGUUAAGCAUGGAGGUGGACCGUUCAAACUUCCACCGACUCCUGCACUUCCUCCAGAGAGAGUGAAUUAUAGCUCACCGUUCACCUUCACUGGAAUAGAUUAUCUUGGACAUAUUUUCGUCAAAAAUACAAAUGGUACUGAGAAGAGAUGGAUAUGUUUAUUUACCUGUUUGGCUGUAAGAGCAGUACAUUUAGAAAUAGUUACGGACCUAUCAGCCGAAGAGGGACUUCUUGCUUUAAGGAGAUUCAUUUCAACAAGAGGAGUCCCAACAAUGAUCACAUCAGACAAUGCAACACAGUUUAAGCUUAUCUCAGAAAUAUUAACAAACACAUAUUGUAUCGAAAACAAUAUUAAAUGGAGAUUUAUACCUCAAUUAGCACCAUGGUUCGGCGGCUACUAUGAAAGAUUAGUAGCGCUCGUAAAACAUUGUUUGAAAAGGACGUUGCAGAAGCAUCUACUCAACGAUAGUCAAAUUAAUACCAUAAUUAAAGAGAUCGAAGCUAUUUUGAAUACUAGACCGCUUACUUGUGUCGACUCAGAAAUGAUACAUAUCUUGAAACCAGCUGAUUUCCUAACAAUGGGAAAAUGUAUUACCACGGAAAUGACUUAUAAAGAAACUAGCUUGGAAGGCACAACAACAAAGGUUGAUCUAGUAAGCGGUUGGAAGAGAGGUCAAAAAAUUUUAGAAGAGUUCAAAGAAAUAUUCUUAAACCGAUACCUACCCAGUCUUCGAGAAAGGUACAACAAUUCUACCAAAGAAUCACGAAUCACAUCACGUUUAGAGCCUAAAGUGGGACAAAUAGUGCAGAUUAAAGGAAACACAAAGAAUCGAGAAGAUUGGAAAGUGGGCAAAAUAGUAUCUCUUGUAGAAGGAAAGGACAAACAUUGUAGAAUAGCUAAAGUUAGAGCUGACAACAAAGAAUAUACAAGAUCAAUCUCACAACUGUACCCGUUGGAGAUUGAAGAAAACGAUUCUCUACCGUUAGACUCGGUCGAGAAUGUUGCUGGUCGUACAUCACAGUGUAGUCCUGUUGGCUUCGGGAGCGAAUUUCCUAUUGAAGAAACCAAAGUUAUUGAACAAAAUAAAACGGGUAUAACAAAGAAAUCAAAGGAAACUGAAACGUCACAAAGUGAAUUUGAACUUGAUGAGGAAACGGAAAUACCUCAGAAUACUGAUGGUGUAACUUUAGAAAAUGACGAUGUAAGAAACCAAUUAAUAGAACAACGAGGUAAUAAAGACAGUGUAGAGUCACAAGAAAAGAAAGAUCAACAAGAAGUAGAAUGUGAAUUUGAGACAAAUGAGAGACCGAGACCGAUGCGUGUCGCCGCCACGAGAGCCAUAGAAAAGAUCCGAGAGUGGACACGCAACCUAGUAAACUUACUUUAA